AUGGGACUGCUCACGAUCACCAAGAAGCAGAAGGCCAAGGACAAGGAGCUGCGCUGUCUCGUGCUUAGGCCUCGAUAACUCGGGGAAGACUACAAUUGUUUACCGCCUGCUGCAUCCAGAGGGUGACCUACCGCCCGUCACCCCGACGAUCGGCUUCCAGAUACACACGCUCACCAUCGAGCCCUACAACCUACAGCUAUGGGACAUCGGCGGCCAGAGCACGCUGCGUCCGUUCUGGGAGAACUACUUUGACUCCACGGACCUGCUCCUUUGGUGCGUGGACGCGGCGGCCGCCAGCCGCGUCGCGGAAAACCACCGGGAGCUCUACACGCUGCUCACGGAGCGCGACCGCCUGGGCCUCCAGUGCGCGAUUGUGGUGCUGCUCAACAAGGUCGACCUUCUGCCGUCGCCCGCGGCCGUCGAGCCUCUGGCGGAAAGCAUCCGCAGCACACUGGCGGCCGCGGGCUCGCAGUGUCACGUGACCAUUAUGCCGUGCUCGGCGCUCUCCGGGAGCGGCCUCGCCUCGUUGCCCCAACACCUCCGGCGUAUAUAUAGCAAUGAGUAA